UCCUCUGAUUGUGAACUGUGUUGUGUGAGCUUUUCGCAGGUUUUCCCCUCCUCCUACGUGUUUGGCACUGCAAUGUUCAAGCAGCUGUGAAGUAAGGACCUGUCUGCUUAGUGCUAAAAAUGAUGGAAGUGAACCAACCUAUUGGUACAGUUGCGCUGGAGAUGCAAAAGCUGAACUCGACUGCGUCGGUUUCGAACGACAACGGAGCUCACGAUUUACCGGAUUCACUGCUAGAUGCUAAGGCAAAGCAAAAUGGAAUCAGUGAUAAGACUACCUGUGCAGAGGUGUCUAUGGACUUAGAUGAAAGUAAAGAGUUGCAUGAUGGAGACUCAAUGGAACGACUAAACUAUAGUGAGACGGAGGAUGAAGAUAUCAUCAUGACGGCAGAGGUUGGCGCUCAAAACGGUGAACUGGUUGAUUCCAUUUCCGACAGUACAGAUCUUUUGGAAAAGGCAACCGUUCCCGAUCGAUUACCAGAGGAUGAUCCUUCCGAUGUUACGCUUUCACUGGAAGAUACGGAUACAAAGCAGUUGAACAAUUCAUCUAUAAACAGCGUUGCAUCCGUAGGAGAGGAUGAUACCUUAACAGAACUGUCUGCUGCAGUUACCGCCGAAGUGGGUGAAGAGAUAGACGAAAAUCUCCUGCUGGAUGGCGAAGACACCGAAGUAGGAGACGAACCGGAGGUAGACGAAAAUUUGCUCUUAGAAGAUGCGGAGAUGGAAGAAGCUGAAAUACAACAAAACGCUCAAGGAGAUGAUGUGGCCAUGCAGGACUCAGUAAUACAGAUUGAAGAUAGUGUGGUAGGUAAUGAAAAGACUGAGGACGACACUGCUUCCAUUACCGAUAAUAGUGUAAUAGCCGUCGAUGAAAGCUGUUUAAGUAUCCUCAACACUGCCGCGGUGGAUAUUGCCGAUAUGACAGUAGACGAGUCUGUCAGGAUUGUGGACGAGAAGGAUCAGUCGGAGGUGGUAACGCAAGAAAAGCAGUCUGAACCGUCUGCAGUGAUAGAAAAGAACAAAGAGCCAGUACCUGAAAUGGAGGAAGAGACGGUUGUGUCAAAACGUCUUCUGGGGGUAGCGACGGAAGACGAACCGAUUUCAACAUGUUCUUCGCCGGAAUUAAACGAUCUGAUUAAAUUUCCAGAUGAUAAAGUUACUGGAAAUAGUGAUCAAGCAAAGGCAUCGGAAAAUGAUUCUUGCAUUGCUGAAGCAAAUGGAUCGGUUUCGGAGGAAAGUGUCUUGGGCAAAUUACAAACAGAAAGUCUAACUACAGAGGAUAGUACACUGCUAGGGGCGGAUGAUGAUAUGUCGGAUGAAACGUCGGAUCUGAUAAAGUUAAACAGCGCUGCAACUACUUCAGCUGAAGGGACUAAUUCGGAAGAUGUCGAUCCAGAAUUAUCAGACCUGAUAAAAUUUCCCGAUGAUACCGUUUCCGAGAAGCAAGAUUCGGAAAAGGUUUCUGAGAGCAAAGAAUCAGCUGAUGAGGAGAUGCCAACUGCGGAUCAAAGUGAAGCAAAGUGUACAUCGGAUGAACCGUCAGCAGAAGAAAACAAUAUUUCUGAAGGCGAAAAGGAAAAAACAAUUGAACCGCCUAGCGAGUCAGUUGAGCAGCAGCCCGUUGAAACAUCUCGGCAAGCUCUGCAAGCGGCAGAUGAAGAAGAUUUGCUAGAAAUGAUGGAAGAACCCGAGCGAAUGGAGCCCGACGAUGAUGACGAGGACAAUGUAGACGAUGAUCUGGAUGAGCAUAGUAGCGAAUCGGGUAGUGCAAAGCAAACGCAGGCCGAGGAGGAUGAAGAUUUCGAGGAAUCAGACUACACUGGUUUGUUGGAAGAUGACGUAAGUGCGAAUGCGGAGGAUAACGAAACGGAGGACAAUGAGGCUAGCAGUGUUCAGAUCGACGAAGAAGAACUUGCAGUUAAACCGCCUCCUAGCAAACGAAAAUGUUCCGUUGACAUAAGAGAAAGUGUAGAAGCGAAGGAACCGAGUGAGAGUGUAUCGGAAAAGGAAGUGGAGCUUGCCAAGCUCACAGAACAAGCAGAGGAAAGUGAUGAAAAACUGAAGGAUGUAGUUGAAGUUUCAGAAAAAAGCAGUGAUGUGGAAAAAGUUGUUGAAGUGGAAAAAGAAACAGCAACUCUGAGUACGUCUACAGCAGCUGAAAAAUUAGAGAAUCAAGCUGAAGUAAGCGAUUCCAACGAAACGCAAACAAAGGAAAUAUCUGAGGAAGAAUCGCCGAAAAUUGACCAAGAGGCGAAAGAGAACGAAACGGUUUCUCAAACGGUUGAUAGUGAUUCGAAAAAGCAGGAGAAUAGUGAUGAACAAGAUCAAGAGUCUAACGAUGCAAGCGAGAAGCAAGUUCCUUCCGACAAGCAAAACAUUCCAGGGCAGGAAACAGUUUCUAGCUUUAAAGAGAAUAUUGCAGCAAAGAUUAAAAGUCUUAUGCAAGUAGAAAGCAAGGACAGCACAGCAACUUUAGAUGAAGAAACAAAAGUUGCUACAGAUGACGCUGCUUCUGAUAAGCCCGAAUCUGCCACAGAUAUCGAACAAAAACCUGUGAUUAGUAGCACUGCCGAGCAAGAUGAGGUGUUGGUGAUUGAUGACGAUGAUGAGGUGCCAGAAAAGGCGGAACAGUCAUUGAAAACCGAGCAGAAAACUACUGAAGAUGGUCCUGUAAAGGAUGAGAAAGAUGCAUCUCUAACCAUAACCGGCAAGCGUCCAUGUCCCGAAGGGAAACCAGAUGAAAAAGAAGAAAAAACAGAUUGCGUAAAAAAAAUGCGCCUAUCGGAGGAAGAUAGUAAAUCGGAAAAACUUAAGGAUGUUCCAGAAGUACCAAAAGUAGAGAAAAAAUCAGCCCUGGAUUCGAUGGAACCGAUAACAAUAGUUUUGGAUCCGGCUCCGACAGAGCCUUCGAAGGAAAAGAAACCGAUUAAGUUGGACUUCUUGGAUAAAUUCAAAAAGCCAUUAGAAAAAAUGGACCGCACAGAUUUGGAAGAAUUCGUACUGCAGAAGAUAGUGGAAGGAAUUGCUUUUAAAUCGGCUAUUUCCGAAAUGAGAACUCAGUUGGACAGCCAAGACGUGCUGUUGCAGGGUUAUCGCCAGAAGGUCCAUGACCUGAACAAGCAAUUCAAAGAUUUGGAAAUGGUUCAUGAAAGAGUGGUUAAGGAUUUAGAAAAGAAGAAUCAACACUUCAUAACUCCUGUGAAAAUUACCAGAGCAGUCGGUCUGCAAGUUUCGCAGCCUCGUUUUGUUGCUGGAAACCGAGCUUCAACAGGCAAUUCCACACCUAUUAGCAGCUCUCCAAAAGCGACUCGCUCACAAGCAGAAACUACAACUCCCGCAAGUUCUCCUAAUCGUGAUGCACCCCAAGUAAAUAUCCAAAAUCGUCGUACGCCAAUGAGUCGGGCUCCGUCGGUAGUAAUUCGCACAAAAACUCCCGCAGGACCAAAUACAAACCGUCCAAACCAGCUACCGACGGGUAUCACUAAAAUUUCACCAAUUAAUUCGUCCCCGGCAACACCGAACGCAGCAAACAAAAAUGUAUCGGCAAUACAAACUAACUUGGUGAACACUAGUUCUCCUCAACAACAGCAACAACAACAACCUAGUACAACUGCAUCUACUACUUCGACACCUACCGGGAUAGUACCUCCAAUUACUAGGAAACGACCGCUGCAGAAGUUUACACCGAUGCGUCCCCCGCUGUCAAUAACUCAACAGGUUCAGCAGCAACAGCAAACGCGACAAAUGCAGGAAAUAUUGGUACGGCAGCAGAUUCAAGAAGUUCAAACCAAUGCUGUCGGUACAAGUGGGCCUGGAACUCCAGGCAGUCAACCACAAAGUCCCUUGACUCAGUCACCCCAAGGGUCCCCACUUACCCGUACUCCAGAACCGUCUCCAUUAGGUAUAUCUCCCGCUCGGGUUCCACCGAUCGUAAUGAAAAAAGUAGGACAACCGCCCAAAGGGACUCCUGCUACCAUGCAAAUAAUCAACCGUCAGACGCCGUCGAUGGUUUCGUCCGUCCCAUCUGCCAAUAUUCGUACGAUUGCUGCGACUGCCAGCGCCGUACCCACACCGCCGGCACCUGUUAUAGAUAAUUCAUUGAUCGAUCUAACGGAUGAGGACGAUACGCCGAAACCGGCAAAUACAGUUGUUCCUAUAGCGUCGACAGCUAGCGUUGUUCCCAAACCACCGAUUACCAUUCUCAAUGGACAGCAGACGCAAUACGUGCAACGGCAAAAUAGUUCUAUGCCUCCGCUGGUGGUAAUCAACCAGCAACGGAUACGCGCUACAUUGCAACAACGACCGAUGGCUAAUGGAACGGUAAAUGCGGUCGGUAGUCGUCCAAUGCUAAUUCAGAGACCGGGUACUGCCGCUAACGGUUUUCCAAGAACCAUUGCAAGUCAACAGAUGUAUAAGCCGCGGAUGCCAAAUGGACAAAUUGAAGCUCCCAGGCGAAUAGUAUCGCGAGCAACGAUUCGUCAGCAAACUACAGUUUCUACAACCAGCUUUACCCACCCGGCGCCCCUUCCUCAACCGGGUGCUCAGGCGCACAAUCCAUCCUGGAAGCAAGCGCCGCCACGGCCUUCCAUUCGUAUCAACAACAUCGAAACUGGCAUAGUCAUUUCGUGGACCAUGGAUGAUCUUUCCGAGAAUCAUGCCACGAUCGUAAGUUAUCAGAUUUACGCUUACCAGGAAACGAGCGCUGCGCCGUCGAUGGAUAUGUGGCGACACGUGGGCGACGUCAAAGCCAUGCUGCUGCCAAUGGCCGUGACGUUGACACAGUUUCAGGAAGGCCAACGGUAUCAUUUUGCCGUGCGGGCAGUCGACGAGCACCAGCGGGUCGGUCAGUUCAGUCCACCACGAACGUGGAAUGAAUCGACACCUGCGAAAGCGUAAGUUUAGCCACAAUGUUUUUAAUCUUGAAGAAUAAAGGAUAAGGUAGGAUUUAGGAAUAUGGAGAUAGCAGGUAAGAUCUAUUUAAAAAGCGAAUGAUCGAAGAAUAGACAUUUAAUAACUAGGCGCUAUGCGAAUUCAAAUAGAAAAAAUAAACCACAGUUUAAUGGCAUUUGCUUGAGUGUUUUAGUGUAUCGACUGUAUGUUUCAUAUUAAAACAAAAACAAAAAAAAACGAAUAGCUGAAAAAUUGUGUGUAUUCCACGUGUACGUCGUGUGUUACCACUACAGAGACUAUAACUCAACUCACUCAAAAUCCGCUCAAUUUUGUAACAAAACGGAGAGUACCAUCAUAAAUAAAGGUAACUUUCCGCUUUCGUUCAAAACUUAGCAGAUUGUGAGUGUCUCGGCGCCUCUGUAAUCUAUAGUCUCUGUAGUUACCACCUACUUUCAUUAGGAUCAUUAGCCAUUCUAAGGGUCACUAAGCAAGCAGUUAGCCGUAGUGAUGAGGCAACAUGAUGACAAUGAAUCCGUAAUAUGUUGUACUGGCUAAUUGUCUGACAGUUUUUAAAUUGAAAACGUAUAACAGUGUAAUUAUUGUAAGCCAUACAACUCUAAGCAACUCUUAACGGACUACUCGUGUAUCUUGGAAAAGUAGCAUUUAGUUAGAUUCAAACAUAAGUUAUGCUUGUAGAGUGGUAAGCAACGUUAAGUAAU